GGGAGGACGAGGAGGAGGAGGCGGCGCGGCGGCAGCCGGCGGCGGCCGAUGCCGAGGAGCUGCGGCCCCCGGCGCUCGCCGCCGUGCUCGCGGUGUCGUCCGGGGUGCCCCCGCCGGACGCGGCGGCCAUCGCCGCCGCCGCCGCGGCGGCGCAGGGCGAGUGGUACCUGAGGGAGCUGGGCUCCGGGCAGCCGGUGGGUCCGCUCUCCACGGCGCACCUGCGGAACAGGUGGCGGUGGGACCAGGUCAACGGCCUGACUCAGGUCUGGCGCCCGGGCGAGCCGGAGUGGCGGCCCCUGGCGGAGGUGCCGGAGCUGAAGGCCCCGGGGCCGCGGCUCCGGCGACGCCGGGGGCGAGCCGCCGGGCGAGGGCGCGGAGGAGGACGCCGCCCUGCCGCGGCGGCGGCCCCUCGACGAGCUGCCGCUGACGCACACCUUCACCUCGG